GCGCCGGUAAAAGGUCAGCGAUAGUCGCGUGAUGCAGUGGUGCUUUGCAAGCACACGGAAGAUGCCGAUGCCGGAGUUGGUCCGACUUACUCCAGGGGUGCCAAGGAAGAAAUAACGUCAAUAUGGCGGUUUUAAGUCUCAGCAAGGAACGUAAAGUCUCCGACGAUGUUGCCUUCUUUGGGUCGUGUAACCAUGUCAAUCAUUCCAGAAGGAAGCCUUCCAAGGCUGCUCUCGUAUCGAGUUUCUUCAACAGAACAAAGCAGGUAUGCUUACAAUAGCCCAGCGACCGGCGUAUCUUCUCCGAAGCAAGGUCGGACAGACAAUAGAAGCAAAGACUUGCUGAAAGGAAAGCUACGGGCCCCGAGACCAGCUUUCUUCCAAGAACGAAAAGGAAAAUCCAGCAUUCCUGUUGCCCUCCAAUGCGCUUCCACACUCGUUUGUGCUACUGGUCUACUCGGUUCCCCGAGUUUUGUAUUCCUUCGGUUCGUUCACAGUGGACGUGCAUACGCCGUGGUGUGUUUAUCUGCGCUCUUGAGUUGCAGGAGUCAGACAUCGUCCGAGCAUACCGAUGCAUACCAACGCACACCGACGUCUUGGGCUUCGCAUCGACAGCGACUCUGCGCCGACCACGAGCCGUGCAAGAACUGACUACACCUCGUCAACGGUAGGCGACAACACCCGUGAACCUGACGGCGCCUCCAUGGCCGAAGUCCAAAGCAACGCGGUUUACAAUUCAACUCUCAACGGCCCUCACGUUUGCGGCCAAUGCGGGACGACCUUCAGCCGCCUGCAUCACUUCCGCAGGCACCUGGCCAUGCACCUGUACUGGGAAGCAAUCGACGAGGAACGCGGUGCAAAAGUCGAGGAGAAGGCGGAGCCACUGGACCACCAGCAACUCCUCGACAAAGCUGACCUAGACGCUGGUCGGCGACCACUUGACGAAGCCGAGGAACGUCGGGAAACCUGCGGACAGCUCCCGGGGAAGAGACGGAAGGCAGACGGCGUACGAGGCACCAGUCGCCCAUUGACACGAAGUUACAGAAACAUGAUUUUAAGGAAACGAAUAAAGAGAGAACACUGACUGAAAUUGCACUCGUAGAAGUGUUCUUCAAGCCCGGCGAUUUCAUUGAAAAGGACCAAUAAAGAAAAGAGUCAAA